AUGCGUUUGGAGAAUGCAAAACGUAGCAGCAGCAGCAGCCCUUCGGCUUCCAGUUCGAAGCAGUUGAAGAGUUGCAGUGAUUGCCAUACAACCAGAACGCCUCUGUGGAGAGGAGGUCCAGCUGGUCCCAAGUCACUGUACAAUGCAUGCGGGAUCAAGUACAACAAGAAGAGGAGGGAGCUUUUGGGACUGGACAGGGGUAGAAAUGACAAGGGCAAGAAGAAGAGGAAAAGCAGUAGCGGCGGCAACAAGAGCAACGAAGGAGGCGGAGUGGGGCAAUCGCUGAGGAUGAAAUUAAUGGCGUUGGGAGGAGAAAUGGUGCUACGGAGAUCGGGAAAGCUGAUGGGGAAAUUAAGAGAGGAAGAACAAGCCGCUAUACUCUUGAUGGCUCUCUCGUGCGGAUCUGUCUAUGCUUAAUAAUAGUAAUUAGUUGCUAGAAAACAACUUACUAGUUUAGUAGUAGAGUACAAAAACUCAAAAAUGCU